AUGGCACCUUCAAUCAUUCAGGCUGCUGUCUCGUUGUUCUGCGUUGCUUCGGCAUUCGCAAGUGCGGAUUCUAAUGCGGUCGUUUUGGAGAAGAGAGGUGGCGUGGUACCGUCGACGCUCCCAGGAACUUGGGCAUAUCAAGGUUGUUACACAGAUCCGGGCCCACGAACUUUAUCAGCCUCGUCCUAUACAACUACCACGGCGAUGACGGAUGAGUCUUGCAUCAAUUAUUGCAGCAACCUAGGGUACUAUUAUGCUGGUACAGAAUACUCGUCACAAUGCUACUGUGACAAUGCUAUUGCGUCGACAGGAGCAGUUGCUGCCCCGAGUGAUUGUGCAAUGACUUGUUCUGGCAACUCUUCUGAAGUUUGCGGUGGACCAAAUCGUCUCACAGUUUUCUGGAACGGAAAGAAUCCUCCUCCCGGACCAUCUACCGACCCCGGGACAUUGGGAUAUGGCUUUUUGGGCUGUUACACUGAGGGAACAAAUGGUCGUGCUUUGACCCAUGGACAAACUGUGACUGGUGGCCAACCUGCUACGACUGUUGCAUUGUGUAUCCAAACGUGCAAGAAUCUUGGAUAUACACUCGCAGGAGUUGAAUACGCGGACGAAUGCUACUGUGACAACACAAUCCAAAAUGCUGCGACAAUCGCCCCCGAAGGGAUAUCCGGAUGUAAUAUGUUGUGUGCGGGAAAUUCGUCUGAAUACUGUGGUGCAGGUAACAGAUUGGAUAUCUACAAGUUCAAUUACACAGGAGUAUCGUCUACUUCGUCAUCAACUUUGAUAUCCUCAUCUUCAAGCUCCCAACUGUCUAGUACGACCUCACUGCUGAGCUCAUCGUCCUCGAUUUCGUCCAGUGUAGCUUCAACAAGCUCGAGCAGCUCUCGAGCGAACGGCGUUGCGAAUGUUGCUUCAAGUACAACAUUGUCUCAAUCUAGCUCAGCAGCAGCCGGUAGUAGCACCAGCUCAACAAUCAAGCCUUCUUCGUCCUCGUCGUCCUCAGUUCUUUCCUCCUCGACGAGUGCUCUUUCAUCCGUCAGCUCUACAUCCUCAUCCGCUACACCCAGUCCAACAUUAGGACACAAGCAAACCGUUGGACUAUACUCGUUCCAGGGAUGUUACACUGAAGGAAACGGAGUUCGUGCAUUGAGCGCCGCAUCUUUCUACAACUAUGGGGGUAUGACAACCGAGAUAUGCGCGGCUGAUUGCGCAGGCUAUACAUACUUCGGUGUCGAAUACGGCGGAGAAUGCUACUGUGCUAACUCUUUGGCAACGAGUUCAACUCUUGCCCCUUUGACCGACUGCUCCUUCAUUUGCCCGGGCAAUAGCUAUGAGUAUUGUGGCGCUGGAAAUAGGCUUGAACUGUACGAGCUUACUUCUGUUGCUUACACCAGCAGCAGCAGGAGUCUUGUGGUCUCAACGACUUCUUCGUCAUCCUCUAUUGCCGGCUCCUCCAGUGUGAGCUCCUCAAUUGUAAGUUCCAGCAGCAGCAAACCAUCGUCGUCAUCGUCUUCGUUGGUAUCAUCAAGUGCGAGCUCCGUUGUGAGCUCCUCCAGCAGCCAGUCAUCCUCGUCAUCCUCUUCGCUAUUAUCCACGAGUGGCAGCUCAGUGUCCUCUUCACUGUUAUCGUCUAGUGCUAGCUCCACAUCGCCGACAGCUUCGCCAACUCUUGGUAUCAAGCAAUCUAUCGGAAAUUAUGCUUUCAUCGGAUGUUACACAGAAGGAACUAAUUCUCGCGCCUUGACUGGAGCUGCAUCCUACAGCUAUGGCGCAAUGACGCUCGAAAUGUGCGCUGCCUCUUGUGCUGGAUACACCUAUUGGGGUGUUGAGUACGGUGGAGAAUGUUACUGCGGUAAUGCUCUCAGCGCAGGCUCUGUCUUGGCUCCAACCCAAUCGGACUGUUCUUUCACGUGCCCUGGUAACGCAUUAGAGUACUGUGGUGCCGGAAAUCGAUUGGAAAUGUACCAACUCGGCGCUUCAACUGGUGGAAGUACUUCAUCUGCGACCGCAACUUCGUCGGUGAGCGUCGUAAGCUCGUCGAUAGUCUCAACAUCCAUUUCAAGUACAUCAACCCUGAGCUCUAGUUCUUCAACCUCAUCUCAGACAUCCAGCGCUACUGGACUUCCUCCUGGAUGGAAGUAUGAUGGUUGCUACAGUGAAGGCACCAACGGCAGAGCGCUUCAGCACCAGCAACCUGACCAAGAUCAAACCAAUACAGUCGAAAGCUGCAUCAAUACCUGUAUUGGUCUUGGUUAUUCAGUGGCCGGAAUGGAGUAUGGUGUUCAAUGUUUCUGCGACAACUAUGUCUACAAUGGUGCAGCUCCUGCUGCUGCUUCAAACUGCAACAUGGCAUGCCCAGGCAACUCCAAAGAGAUCUGCGGUAAUGGCAACUACCUCAGCCUGUAUAACACUGGUAACUUGACUGUCUACGCCCCCCCUGCUGCCCAGAAGACAAACUUGCCCGGUUCAUGGACUUACCAGGGAUGUUACUCUGAUAACAUCAACAAUGUCAGAGCUCUUUUCUGGCAGAACAUUCUUACCAACAACAACACGGCCACCAGCUGUCUCAGUCUCUGCGCCCAAUAUGGUUACAUGGCUGCAGGAAUGGAGUAUGGUGAUGAAUGUUACUGUGGAGAUGCUUCGGCACUAGUUGCUUCUGGUUCGACUCAACAACCCGAAACCGACUGCCAAGUUCCUUGCUCUGGUAACUCAGCUUACUACUGUGGUGGCGGAAGCAGACUCUCCUAUUAUACAUGGACUGGAACGCCUCUCUACGUAUGGAAUUCCCCUACCGGUAACGCCAUGGGCUCUUACGAAUUCUUGGUUGGUGGAGUUGUGGUUCCUUUGAUCACUACUGUCGGUAUCAACGACAAAGUUGUCUUCAUGGAGAAGUCUGGUACUGGUGCACCAAACACAACUGGUACCUAUGAACUCGAUCUUGCAUCCAUUGACGACUUUCCAAAUGCCUGGAGAGCACUCCACGUGAAGAGUGACAUCUUCUGUUCCGCCGGUGUCACUCUUCCUGACAAAGCUGGUCGCCAGUUGAAUAUUGGAGGCUGGGCUGGUGCUUCUACCUACGGAGUGCGUAUUUAUACCCCAAGUGGAUCCCCCGGAGUACCUGGAACAACCGAUUGGGAAGAGAACGUCAAUGAGCUCUCUCUGCUUGCUGGCCGUUGGUAUCCUUCAGCUAUGAUCAUGACCAAUGGUUCCGUCCUUGUCCUCGGUGGUGAAGUCGGCUCGAACAGUGCACCCACGCCAUCUUGCGAGAUUCUUCCAGCGCCGCCAGGAGGCUAUGCCAAAUAUCUCGAUUGGUUGGACCGUACCGAUCCCGAUAACUUGUACCCAUUCUUGUUCGUUCUGCCUACUGGAGGUAUCUUCGUUGUCUACUACAACGAAGCACGAAUCAUCGACGAGGUGACUUUUGAUACCAUCAAGACAUUGCCCAACCUGCCAGGUUCAGUCAACAAUUUCUUGGCCGGACGCACCUAUCCUUUGGAGGGUACAGGUGUCUUGUUCCCUCAAUAUCCUCCGUACACUGACCCAGUAACUGUGCUGGUCUGUGGAGGCUCAUCAAAUGGAGCUGCGUACGCAAUCGACAACUGUGUCUCGACUCAACCCGAGGUUGGUUCCCCAACCUGGACACUAGAACGCAUGCCCUCCCAGCGAGUUAUGUCCUGCAUCUGCGCCCUGCCCGAUGGAACCUACCUGAUCCUCAACGGAGCGCAAGAAGGUGUCGCAGGCUUCGGUCUAGCCACCGACCCCAACUACAACGCCGUUCUCUACGACCCAUCUAAGCCCGUCAACCACCGCAUGUCCAUCAUGGCCACCACAAUCGUAGCCCGUCUGUACCAUAGCGAAGCUAUCCUCCUACCAGACGGCCGUGUCCUCGUGUCUGGCUCAGAUCCCGAAGAUGGUGUCCACCCAGAAGAAUACCGAGUCGAGGUCUUCAACCCUCCAUACGCGCUCUCUGGUGCUACACCCCCCUCCUUCACUAUCACCAACACGGAUUGGCUAUACGGCGCAUCCGUCUCCAUCACAGCAAACAUCCCCACUGGCAACCUAGGAGCCGUCCGCGUCUCAAUGAUGGCGGCAGUAUCCUCCACCCACGGAAACAGCUUGGGUCAACGCACGCUUUUCUUGGCCGUAUCCUGUGCCGGCGCCGCGAAUUCCGCAACCUGCGUACUUACCACGCCUCCAUCGGCUCACGUCGCGCCACCGGGGUGGUACCAAGUGUUCGUGCUCGAUGGACCGACGCCGGGCCACUCGAACUGGGUCCGUGUCGGAGGUGCGAUCGCGGACGCGGCGGGAUUGGGCAACUGGCCGGCGUUCUCGGAUUUCACUAGGCCGGGUCUGGGUGCGGUUGGUUCGUAG